UGUUGAUUUCGUGUUGAAUUCACCUGAGUUGACAACUUAACCAAAUGUAAAUCAAAACUAAAAGUUGAACUGACGACUGUUCCCAGUGAACUACCUGUGUCACCUUUGUGUGACAGGUGGUUGGACACAUGUCCUUCUGGCCCCAGCGAUGGUGUGCAUGUGCACCAUCCAGGGAACAAUGCAGUCCUUACAUAAACCGAAGAGCUAAGGGGGGGAGAAAACAACAGCAAUAAGCUUUCUCUUUAUAUGAAAGAGUCAUUGUGUGCUAUUCUUUACUUAAAUUGAAGGGAUGAGACACCACACGCUGCCACUCGAAACCAUGGCUUACCACCCCAAAUCAUGACUUUCCAUACCAUGUUACCAUGUAGGAGGAGUGAUGCUCCACUGGGAAAAGUUUGACGACUUCUUCACACAGUAUUUUAUUCACACACUUCACUCUUCAUUUCCUUUUGUCCCAACAACAGUCUUAAUGUAUCUGGAUUUUGGAAAAGACUGGCGGCAUCAAAAGCUACCCUGGAAUUUCCUCUCCCUGUGACUUCUUCCCUCCCUCCAUUGCUGUUCACUAAAAGGGAACGCAUGAGUGACCAGGUGUAUCGGUAGACACUCAGAAUGAGGACACAGCAUGAACUGCCUGACAGUCUGGGGGAAUGUUUGGUUGUGGUGCAGUGGCUCAACUGGUGCUUAGUGGAGGAUCUCAUGGCAUGUUCCUAACUGUCAACUUUGCUUUCGGCUUCGCUGCCACCCUAGGGAUCCUGGUCUGUGGCCAGGUAUCAGGAGGCCAUCUCAAUCCGGCAGUAACCUUUGCCCUCUGCCUGCUUGGGAGAGAUCGCUGGAGAAAGUUUCCAGUCUACUUCGUCUUCCAGACACUGGGAGCUUUCCUGGGCUCCGGGAUCAUCUUUGGUCUGUACUAUGACGCUCUGUUGAACUAUGCUGGAGAACUCAUUGUUACCGGGCCCAACGCCACCGCUGGCAUCUUCGCCACCUACCCUGGCAAACAUCUCACAUUGGUCAACGGCUUCUUCGACCAGACGAUUGGCACUGCAGCAUUGAUCGUCUGUAUCCUGGCCAUCGUGGACCCCCAUAACAAUCCCAUUCCCCAGGGCCUGGAGGCCUUCACGGUGGGCUUUGUGGUGCUGGUCAUCGGCCUGUCCAUGGGCUUCAACUCUGGCUACGCUAUCAACCCUGCCAGGGACCUGGGGCCACGCCUCUUUACCGCUCUGGCAGGCUGGGGCACCGAGGUCUUCACUGCCAACAAGUGCUGGUUCCUGGUGCCCAUCUUCGCCCCAUUCCUGGGCGCCAUCAUUGGUGUGGUGGUCUAUCAGCUGAUGGUUGGCUUUCAUCAGGAGGGAGAGGUUCGUGACAGGAAGAGCCAGGAUGAGAGAGUUAAACUGACCAACAUCAACUCAAAGGACGUCCUAAAGGAAGAGAUGUUAUGAGCCUCAAAACCUCCAGCAUCCUCCAUUCUCCACCACUACCACUACCAGCAUCCUAUACCCCUAAACUCAGCCUCAGUGGGGUACAGUAUGGUCUCCUUGAGGGCCGGUGGGUCCCUUUUCACUCUUAACUCUGACAGCGGUGUGUCUGUUAGUCUGUAAGGAGACAACUACAGUACGCACACACAUUAUGGACCUCAAUCUUUCUCUAUAAUGUUGCCACAGUAUAUCUAUCUCUAGGCGUCCUUUGUCUUACAUUGUAGCUGCAUAGUGUCCUUAAGUAAGAGGGGAGGAAGUAAACACUCAAACACAGAAUUAUAUUAAUUCAAAAUGUUUGGAAAUAAUCAAAGUUUAUAGCCUAGUGUCUUUAUCUCUUCUGUUUGGACCGUAUUUGAUGUUUUAUACUAACAUAGCGUUUUAAUGAUUCCGUUGUAUUUAUAUGCUGUGGACAGAUAGUACAUGUGUCCCGAUCAAAUGAAAUGUGUACGUUUUAGUGAGUCCAUGAAUUUCAAUGUCAACCAGAGGCCUCAUGCCAUAAGAUUUUUAUACUUUAUUUUUUAUUAAUUACUAAACUUCAUUUUUAAGCCCA